UCGACUGGUUCCUGCGUCAAGCCAAUCAGGUCACAGGUGUCCAAUAUAAACAAUGCUGCAGCUUUUUUGAAUCUUCACAGUCCUUUUCUUUAGUCCAUCUACAGACCGAUACUUGGACAUCAUGAAGGUUGCCGCUUUCAACAUCCAGAAAUUUGGGAAAUCUAAACUAUCAGAUCCAUUUGUGCUGAAAAACCUGAUCAAGAUUGUGUCACGCUAUGACAUCAUUGUUAUUCUAGAAGUGGUGGAUUCUAGCGGAGAUUCAGUGGAUAAUUUUCUCGAAGAGCUGAAUAAGUUCAACAAGACGCAUCAUUACACAUUGGAGAUCAGCACACGCCUGGGAAGAGGAAACUACAAGGAACAGUUUAUGUUCCUUUACAGGGAUGACCUGGUGGAUUUGGUUGGGUCUUACCAAUACCAAGACGAUCAGCCUGGAGAUGAAGAUGCCUUUGCCAGAGAACCAUAUGUUCUCCGAUUCAAAUGUCAUAAAACAGUGUUGGAAGAUUUGGUGCUGAUGCCCGUCCACACCAAGCCUGAAGAUUCAGUGAAGGAACUUGACGAACUGUAUGACGUGUUUCAGAAUGUCAAGACGAAAUGGAAGACUGAUAACAUCAUGAUUUUGGGGGACUUCAAUGCAGACGGCAGUUACGUGUCUGGUAAGGAAAUGAAAACGAUCCGCAUCAGAAGUGACGAGGACUUCCACUGGCUGAUCACGGAUGAUGUGGACACCACAGCCAGCACCAAAAACGACAACACUUACGACCGGAUCGUGAUAUAUGGAGACGAUAUGCUGAAUGCUGUCGUUCCAAAUUCGGCAAAACCGUUCAACUUCCAGAAGGCCUACAAACUGAAAGAGGAGGAUGCGCUGAAAGUGAGUGACCACUAUCCAGUAGAAGUGGAACUGAAGAAAAACCGAAAACAGCUUAAACGUCAACGUUGAACAAAGAUGAUAUUGUGAGAUGGAACAUUCGUGGACAAGAAAAGUGCGACUCCAGAGAUCAGAUGGAUAAGCUUAACACUUUUGUGAUCUGUACAUGAUACUGAAAUCUGCUUGAAAUGUUUCAAUGUUGUAGU